CGCAUGUUUGAUGCGGAAGUCAACUGUCAUAUGACUGCAAAAGAAAGCUAAAAUGUCGCUAAUCCGCGGAUGACAAUUUUCGCUAAAAGAUGGAGGAGAUAAGACUGUCUCCUGACUACAACUGGUUUCGAAGCUCAGUGCCCCUCAAAAGAAUUAUUGUGGACGAUGAUGAUAGCAAAGUUUGGUCACUUUAUGAUGCCGGGCCGAAAAGCAUCAGGUGCCCGAUCAUCUUCCUUCCUCCUGUGAGUGGCACGGCUGAAGUUUUUUUCCAGCAAGUGUUGGCUCUUUCUGGCUGGGGUUAUCGUGUCAUUUCGCUCCAGUACCCAGUCUAUUGGGAUCUUCUGGAAUUUUGCGAUGGAUUUAAGAAACUUCUAGACCACUUGCAACUUGACAAGGUGCACUUGUUUGGUGCUUCCUUGGGAGGAUUUCUGGCUCAAAAAUUUGCAGAGAUCACUCACAAAUCCCCUAGAGUGCAUUCUCUGAUUCUGUGCAAUUCAUUCAGCGAUACAUCUAUUUUUAACCAAACUUGGACCGCCAACAGUUUCUGGUUGAUGCCUGCUUUUAUGCUUAAGAAGAUUGUUCUUGGGAACUUUGCCAAAGGACCUGUUGAUCCCAAAAUGGCAGAUGCCAUUGACUUUAUGGUGGACAGACUGGAGAGCCUUAACCAGAGCGAACUGGCAUCCCGACUCACACUGAACUGCCAAAACUCCUACAUCGAGCCACACAAAAUAAAGGAUGUUUCAGUUACCAUUAUGGAUGUAUUUGAUCAGAGUGCUCUUUCGAAUGAGGCUAAGGAGGAAAUGUAUAAACUGUACCCGAAUGCCAGGAGGGCUCACCUCAAAACCGGCGGCAACUUUCCCUACCUUUGUCGAAGUGCCGAAGUUAACCUUUACAUCCAAAUACAUCUGCGACAGUUCCAUGGGACGAGAUACGCCGCCAUCAAUCCUGCUAUGGUUAGUGCAGAGGAGCUUGAGGUCCAAAAGAGCAAUCUGAAUAACAUUAAAGAGAGCGAUGAUGAAUCAUAAGGAGAUAAACCACCCACCCCAACCCACAGCCUACACUGAGCCGAUUACAGAAGCUUUGACUCUUUAAGUCCGUGCUAUACAUCACAAGCCGGGGAAAAAAACCUUUUGGCCUCAUGAUUUUCUACAAUGGAUUCAAUCAAAAAUGAUGAACAUAAAGAGCCUAUUUUUACUUUCUAGAAACAAUAUUUUGAUAAGUAUUAUUACUGUAAAUAAUUGGAGACUGGGCACUUGGUCUUAUUUCACAGGAUGUUAUUUUGAACUGGUUGCCUUAUACCUUGUAUGUGAUUAUUAUUAUUAUUAUUAUUAUUUUUCCAUAUUGUCCUUUUUCACACUUUUGUUUUGUUACUGUAACUCAUGCACUGAUUAAAGGUACAGCUUACAAAUUUCACAGGUUUGGAAGCAUGGGAAAGAUUAUUAUUGACAAAUUUGUAAGUCAGUAAAAAUUUCCAGCCUCAGCUGAAUCAUUGAAAUUUUACUAUUAAAUUACCUAAAAGAAUAAUUUGUAGCUAAAAUACACAAUGUUCAGCUGAUUAGCCAGGACAUGCUUGGUGAUUUGGUUUGGACUGGAUCCAGAAAGCCCAAAAACAUUAGAAGCCUGUCUCACCACAUUUUUUUUUCCCCCUGUAAACUCUAAACAUUUACCGAUCUUCUCUGUAACAUGAUGGAGACCAUCAUCUAGCUAGGACAAUCAUACUUUUUUUUUUUGUGCCAUAAUGCAAUUUAUCAUUGUGUAUUAGGUCAAAGUUUACAAUACUCAUGUAUACAUGUCUCAACCACUGCAAAAUUUAAGAUGUAGAGAAAUAUGCACAAUAAUACUAAAUCAGUUACUUAUUAAAAAAUCACACAACAGA